AGAUCUCCACUGUAGACCCCUCUUAAUGUGUAUUUUAACAUCCAAGUCGUGGCAGACGAGUUGAGGGGAGGGGCAACACCCCGAUAGACUGGAUGGAGAGGGCGCAAGCUCCACAGUGGUGCAUUGGCUGGGAAGCAGUCAUUCUUAUAUGGCAUUAACGGGACAGUGUUCCCGACCCGGGACUAAACAGCGAUGCAGCAGCCAGUACUAGCGCACGCAGAGCUGUUUACGCAGGCGAUCCAGGCCAUAGGGCAGGUGCUGGAAGUUCAGCAACUGCAGGGAGCACACCAGCAAGAGUGGAUGCAGCGAAAUGCUGCUCUAUUUAAAAUGCCCCGGAUGACUAAGGAGGAUGAUCCCGAAGCUUAUAUUGAAGCAUUUGAGAGGACAGCUAUCCAGACGGGGUUAGACCGUGGUCAGUGGGGCCAUCACCUGGGGGCGCUGGUGAUAGAUCAGGCUCAAGCCGCCUACUGAGCUCUAUCAAGGGAGGAAGCCCGAGACUACGAGACAGUCAAGGCACCGAUCCUCUGCAGGCUUGAGAUUUCACCGGAAAGUCACCGGCAGACCUUUAGAGCCCGAAAGGCCAAGGAGGCUAGGCGACCCUGGGGGUUGUUGCAAGCUUUAAGGGAUUCACUUAAUAAAUGGUUGCCAGCUGGCAAGUUCGACCGGGUGGGCAUGAUGGACCAGAUCCUACUAGAACAAUUCAUAUGGGAUUUGGAGGAAGACACUCAGAGAUGGGUACAGAGACAUCAGCCACAAACUAGUGAAGAAGCGCUCCACUUGGCUGAGGUCUUUGCGAAUUCGGAAAGGGAGCGAGGAUAUGGGCAAAGCUCCCGAGGCCCGAAAGAGGGACAGCCAAGUGAAGGGGAGAGACGGACGGGCCUGAGACAAGGACCACCAAAAGGGGUGGUGUGCUAUCGCUGUGGGCAAACAGGUCACAUCUCCCGCGAAUGUGGGAUGGACCUGAGCGAGCUGAGUUGCAUACUGACAGGAUAUCCGCCCUCCUGGGUUAGAGGCAAAGAGGCGGAGAGAGUAGAGCCUAUGGAUUGUAGUUUUGGGUCCGCAACCCAAGAUGAAGGAUGGAACCAACCCGUGGUAACCGCAUGGAUCGGAGACAGGGCGGUCAAGGCCAAACUGGACACGGGGUGUUCCCAGUCCCUACUUCAGGCAGACCUCACUCCACAGACAGGACGAAAGCGUGCAGGAUCCCUGACAAUGACCUGCAUACUAGGGGGAGAAAUGCGGUUCCAGACUUGUUAUGUGCCGUUCAGGGUGAUGGAGUUUAGCGGAGAGCCACGAGUCAGAAUUGCCCCAACCCUGGCUUGUGAGAUGAUCCUAGGCCGAGAAUGGGGACCAUUCUACACAGUCCUUGAGCGAGUGAGGGCCACAGAAGAGGAGAGGAACCGGAUCAGGAGGGGAGAGGGAUGGGCCGGCGAGGGCCCAGCCUGUUGGAAUGAAAUAACUUCAGGCGGCGUCGACCUAGAACAGUUCGUGAGCAUGGCCCAAUGCCGUAGAGCUCAAAAUGAAGACCCGGAACUCCAGUGGAUGUGGGACACAGACCCCGGGGAAGGAUCCUCACGGAGUCGUCCUGGCUUCGAGGUAAUAGGAGGGUUAUUGUAUCGGGUCCAACGGGGCGAGGAGGGAACCAUACAAGGGAGGCAGUUAGUGGUUCCGUCCUCACUUCGCCAGGCGGUGUGGAAAUUGGCCCAUGACUCGCCCAUGGGUGGCCAUCUGGGACGUAACAAGACCCGGGCUAGGCUGGCCCAAGAAUUCUUUUGGCCUCGUCUCCAAGAGGAUGUGGAAAGGUGGGGGGGCCGCGUGCCUGGAGUGUCAGAGGGCACAAGAAUGGAAACCUACAAGGGCACCCCUGAAUCCCAUGCCAAUAAUAGAGACACCGUUCUCGCGGGUCGCCCUGGAUAUAGUAGGACCCCUCCCCAGGUCCCAUAACGGAUAUCAAUAUAUCCUGGUGAUGGUAGAUUAUGCCACCCGGUUCCCAGAAGCCGUGCCCCUGAGGACCAUAACAGCCACUCGGGUGGCGGAAGAGUUACUCAAGUGGAUAGCACAGGUGGGCAUACCACUGGAAAUACUCACAGACCAGGGGCCGAACUUUAUGUCUGGGGUAAUGAAAGCCUUAUGUAAAACCCUCGGCAUCACCCAGCUAAAGACCUCGGUCUAUCAUCCACAAACUAAUGGUCUGGUGGAAAGAUUAAAUGGGACCAUCAAGCGGAUGCUCAGGCGGUGCUCCCAGGAAGACCCCCAAGGAAUACAGGAGAGGCGCUACAAUGAGAAGACAAGAACACGGA